CCACACAUAAACCACUAGAAACAGCAGAAUAGUGUGCUAACGGUAGAGUCCACAAGUGAGUGUGAGAGUUAAACGCAGUAUUCAUGGUUUAUAAUACACAGGGAGGGACUUCUGGGGAAACAGAAACUUAGCAGUGAACAUGAUAACAAUCUGUGUCGUUUCCCAACCCCCACACUCACCCCCAGCUCCCUCCCAUCCCUCUAUAUGUUGUGUGUUCUUACCUAAAAACAAGAGCCUUAUCAUCUCAUUAGCCAAAACGCAGUAGUCUGUGAAGGGAAGAUGGGGCUGUGGAUACUGCUGCUUCUGCCUUUCCACCUUGUGGUUUGUGUUUCCCUCCCCAGUCCCUCCAAUGUCUCCAUCUCUUCCUUCAACAUGGAACACAUUCUCAGCUUCCGGCCUGGACCCGGGACCCCCAGUGACGCCCGCUUCAUCGUUCAGACCCUGCGUUUCAGGAGGAACUCGUGGAAGGCUGUUUCCAGCUGUUUGGAGCUGAUGGCCGGACAGUCAUGCAACCUUACCUCAGCGUUUAAAGACCCAUUUGAAUACUACCUCGCCCGCGUCCAGGCCUUCACCCGCACCCAGACGUCCAACUGGGCAGUGUCCACACGCUUCUAUCCUCUGUCAGACACGUUCUUGGGCCCUCCUGAAGUCUCCGUCUCUGGCUGUGGAAACUGUUUGAUCCUGCAGGUCAGUGUUCCCACUUUAAAGAACCAGCAGCAUCUGGACCUCCACAGAGAACUCAUCGUAAAUGUGCGGAGAACCAGGGAUGGUAUACAGUUCCGGCUGACGCUGCCUUACAAAGAGGAGAGUGUGAUCACGUACCUGCAGCGAGGUGUGGAGUACUGUGUGACCGUCGCUGUAACAUCGUUUUCCAACUCCAACUUCCUCCCCAGUAAACCUUACUGUGCCUUCACCAGCCCUCCUCCAUCCAAAAGCUCAGUGUACAUAGUUUUCAGCCUGCUGGGGGCCUUCUCUGUGCUUGGCCUAGUCCUCAUUGGGUCGGUGGUCUAUGGUGGUCAGCUGCGCUUCAAGUUAUUUGGACAGCGCUCGCCCAGAAGUCUGUCGUACAUCCUGCUCCAAGGCCAGAGCCGUGAAUCCGUUGAGCUAUCCGAUCGGAUCUCAGUCACAGAUCUCCAUAAAGAGGACUCCACUGCCAGACCCCAGAUCAGUUCAACCAGUGAGGAGCGGCUCGAAGACUGGAGAGGAAGAAUUAAAACUGUAGCAAAAUCAGAUGUUUAGAGCCCACAUUUUUGUUGUCCUCUGAGCCCUUAAAGUGAAUAUAGUUACUGAAUGUUUAAAGCUUUAUGACCCAUAUAUUAAGUGAAUGAUCAUUAACUCAAAUUACAACUGGACUGUUGAGCUGCAGCAGUUAAUUGAUUAUUAUUAUUAUCAAUUAAUAAUCAUUGGCUGUUUUGAUCAAAUAGUCAUCAUUAUUUAAGAUAAAACAGUAAAAAAAAAUAAAAAUAAAUGUGAUUCCAGCUUCUUGAAUAGUCUUCUUAAAUAGUUUCUGUAGUCUUCUGUGACUAUACACUGAAUGUCUUUGGGCUGUGAAUCAAAUAUUAUAUUUGAAGACUUGGAAAACACUGUACAGCAUAAUAUUCAGACUUUUAUUUCUCAAUUUACAUUUAGACCAGGGGUGUCAAACUCAUUUUAGUUCAGGGGCCACAUUAAGCCCAAAUUGAUCUCAAGUGGGCCAGACCAGUAAAACAAUAGCAUAAUAACUUGUAAAUAAUGACAACUCCAA